AUGAUCGUCGGCAAUUGGAUUUGCCUGUACGUCCGAGACAGGUACAAGGCGUUGGCGGCCCUGGUAUUACUUUUAGUAAACGCCAGCGGCUACAACGGCGUACAAGUGACCGCCCAAAUGAUGCAAACUUUUGAGCAUUUUUCACUUGCUAAUUACAUAGAAGGAGGUUUUGUAGAGGCUGGUCGAUCAAUACAGAGUUCAGACCUGAAUCGGUGGUCGGAGCUGAUUCAGGUCGAAGAAGCGAAGGAGACGACGAGGCGUGAUCUGAGCCGCUUGGCAUUCCUUCAAUCUGAAAAAAAUAAAUUAAAUAAAAAGUAUAGGGAACUUGAAUUGUGCAUCAACUCCCUAUACAGGCAUUUAAUUUAUAAACGCAUCAAAGAUAUCGCACCUGUCACAAGACGUGUCAGCAUACGAGAAUUGGGCCGCUUGUUAAGAAAGCACCCAGGACUAUUACACGAAUCGACUUUGCGGCUUUUUGCAUUUUUCCUCUAUGACAAGGCUGCAUCAGUACGGGCAAGCGUUUUAAAAGCCUUGCUCCCGUUGUAUGAGGACGUAAAAUUAGCCAACAAAUUAAAAUUGUUCAGUCACAAAUACCAACAAAGAAUUCUUAGAUUAUCUUGGGAUAAGAGCGGAUGCAAUCAGGAGAUUGCAAUAAAGCUCGUCACAGCAGUGUUCAGGUCCCAAGUAUAAAACAAAACAAAAUGAAAAAAGACAAAUCAAAUAUGACCAAAUAUUUAAUGCCGGUGAUGGCGACUCUGUUGGCUCGCUUUAAAACCAAUGUCAAUUGUAUUAUCCAUUUGAUAAAAAUUCCUCAAUAUUUUGACUUUGAUAAUACAAUUGACAUGGAAGAUCUGCAUUUAAGGAAUUUAUUGGGCGCUCUGCAAGCCAUCGCCCAGGAUUCUGCAGAUGCGACAGUGCUGGACAACUGCAGCAAUACUUUGCAUUGCCUUUCUAGAAGGGCAAGAAGUAUUGCUGCAGAUUGCGAUGCCGCCAUUAAGACCAUCGUAGACAAAUGCGCAUUCGUAUAUAUGGAGCCAAUUCUUACAUGGCUAAGUAUUGUGAAUGGGCAAAUGGAUCCAAAAUAUGCCAAGGAAGAAGAUUUUCCUGAGAUUUUAAAUUCCCUAAAAAAAAUCUACAUUUUCCAAUAUUUAUAUAAUGUAAAUUAUUUAAAUAUAUGGGAAGAUUUUUUAGGGGAAUUUAAAGUCUUCAGGAAUGGCGUUAUUGAAAGGAAU